AUAGAGAAAAGAAACUUCAAGAAUCAAGCACAAACCCUGAUUUACCUCAGUCAGAGAGACAAGAACUGCAGAGCAAGUUUUCCAAACUCUUAUCGAUAUUAGACGAGGUGGACAGAAGAUACAAGCAGUAUUACCAUCAGAUGCAGAUAGUUGUGUCAUCUUUUGAUGUAAUAGCCGGAAAUGGAGCAGCUAAACCUUACACGGCCCUUGCGCUACAGACAAUCUCUAGGCAUUUUCGUUGCUUGAGGGAUGCAAUAUCAGGACAAAUCUUGGUGGUAAGGAAAAGUUUAGGAGGGGAAAAUGAUGGAUUCGAUGAAAGAGGAGGAGUUGGGAUAAGCAGGUUAAGGAAUGUUGAUCAACAGGUAAGGCAACAGAGAGCGUUGCAGAGGUUAGGUGUGAUGCAACCUCACACUUGGAGGCCUCAACGCGGUUUACCUGACUCCUCUGUUUUGAUUCUCCGUGCUUGGCUCUUUGAGCAUUUCCUCCACCCUUAUCCAAAGGAUUCAGACAAGAUCAUGCUAGCUAGACAAACAGGGUUGAGCCGAGGUCAGGUGUCGAACUGGUUUAUCAAUGCACGUGUGCGUCUUUGGAAACCGAUGGUGGAGGAGAUGUACAAGGAAGAGUUCACAGACUCAUUGGAGGAGAAUGUUACCAACUUGUCUUCCGGAAACAGACCAGAAACCACGGUGUCUCAAGAACAGCAACUCGUCUCUAGUUCCAACAAUGGCGGCGCAAGCACUAGCAUGAGACAGAGCACAGUGGCACCUGGUGGUGACAGCCGGUUCACGAUGGUCACUGAGAUGACGAGAAAUGGUAGUGGCGGGAUGUCGUUAACGUUAGGGAUGCAGAAUACUGACCUUCACGGCGGCGAUGUACCUAUGUCCAGCGGAAGAGACAACUAUGAGAAUACCAUCCCGAGAGCCGGUUUCCAGUACUUAAACUCAGGCAACAGCCAACACCGGCUUGGCUCUUCACAAUUGUUGCAGGAUUUUGUAGCUUGA